GUUAAUGGAAUGAGUGUUCUUAAAAUGUUCCAAACAAUAUCCAAUUUCUUACUGCCUUCGUUUUAGGUAUUUCUAAAGAAAUGAGGUAAAUACCUGACAGGAUUUAGCAGUAGCUAAAUAGUGAUUCCCUUACUAUUCAACUCGAGGCCACAAACCCAUAACGGGUACAUUGGAUCAGGCUGAUUAUUUUACAGUACGUGACAGGCCUGUUAUUGGCUUUCAUCCGGACAAGCAGCUUCCCUCAGCUGUGCCUGCUCGUUCAGGCGGGAGAGAGAGCUCAGCCCACAGCGCGGCGGCAGAGGGGGAGACAGGCCGAAUGGAGGAUGCGGCGGGGGAGCCUGGGCGAUGUGCUGCGGUGUUACCAGCUGGGGGCUGCGGGGAAAGACUGGGCAGUUCCACCCCGAAACAAUUCUGCACUGUCCUCGGAAGGCCCCUUAUCAGCCACACACUGGAGGCUUUUGAAAGAGCAAGUUGGAUAAAGGAUAUUAUUGUUGUCGUGGCAUUGGAGAGCCUUGAUUUAAUGAAGGCAAUUAUUCAUAAAUAUGGCCAUAAACGAGUGACACUGGUUAAGGGCGGAGAGACGCGUCACAGAUCCAUCCUUAACGGACUGAAAGUAUUCUCUGAAAACCGUUCUGAUGGAACUGCCAAUGAGAAACCAGAGGUGGUGAUUAUACAUGAUGCUGUACGACCUUUUGUGGAUGAAGAGUUUUUGCUGCAAGUAGCAAUAUCUGCCAAACAACAUGGGGCAGCAGGAGCUAUCCGACCACUUGUGUCCACCGUUAUUGCCUCCUCUUCUGAUGGAUUUCUAGACUAUUCACUGGAACGGGCUAAACACAGAGCAAGUGAGAUGCCACAAGCCUUUCAAUAUGAUGUAAUUUAUCGAUCAUACCUUCAGUGUACUGAUUAUGACCUGGAUUUUGGAACGGAAUGCCUGCACUUGGCUCUGCAAUACAGCAACGUUAAAGCUAAGCUGUUAGAAGGACCACCUGAUCUUUGGAAGGUUACCUACAAAAGGGAUUUAUAUGCAGCUGAAUCAGUUAUAAAAGAAUCCAUCUCUCAGCAGCUGUGCAUUAUAACAAAUGUAAAUAAAGAUGCCAUUGAGGUUGGUUUUUUACUUCAUGAGAGUCUGAAGCUUCAUUUUAAAGUGAAGGCCGUUUCAUCAUCUAUGUGCAAAACAAUCCAUCACCUACAAAAUAUUUUUCAUGGACAAUGCUGUAAUUUUAUUUGUAUUAAUGUAAAAGACUCAGAUUUUGAAGAAACUCAGAAUUUGGUAGAUUUACUUCAAACAACUAAUGCUGGUAUUUCCUAUCCGUUGGUUAUUUUAUCGGUUCAUUCAACAUCUGAAGAUUACAGCAGUGGAAUUAACAAACUAAUUGGAAUCCGCAAGCUUGCAAAAGAAGCAUACAAAUCGAAUAUUUUGGUCUAUGGCCUACUAAUUAAUAUUGAUCAGGACAAAGUACAGCUGCAACAGGCUGUAUGCGAGGGCACUGCUAUUAUCACCGCGUUGAUAAAAGACAGGAACCCUGCACUCGUGGGACAAAUUAUGGUUGCUUAAAAGCUCUCUGGUUUCAAGAAGUAUACAUUUACACUGGUUUAUUGUUAUGCUUUAUUGAUUAAAUGGAAAAAGCACUACCAUUUGGGAAUCAUUUCUUUCAGACCAGGGAUUACAUUGUAUCUGUUUAUAUAACAUGUACCCCGCAUAGUACGUAUGUUCAGGCCUAAGUGUCUGCAAAUGAUAUUUGCUGCUAUAAACAUUGGGAAUAUUUUUAGCCUUCUUAAUCUUAAUGGGCUGGUUUUUCAGUAGACUACUAAAAUACAGACUCACCAUUAAUCCAUCCAUUUUCCAAAAUAAGCUUUUGAAUUAGAAAAGGUCUGUGUUAUUGUUUUUAUAAAAAUGAUUUAUGUCUGAAGAGGGACAUUGAGAAGAACUGCGUCACACAGAACUGGCCCCAUAUUUAUACUUGUUUAUAAAGAGGUAGAAGUCAAGUUUAGAUAUGCAUAUUAGAGGAUAUGACUAUGAAUCAAAACAAUAAAAAUUUAAAUGAUGAUAAAA